GAGAUUUGAGCUGUUCUUUGCUUUGUAUAAACAGUUGGUUGUGAAAGGAGCGUCUUCCAGAGACAAUCAAAUACAAAUGCCAGAAGCUACAAUGAAAAUCAAAUUGGAAGGAGAUCCAGGUGCUCGGGUCGGUCUUGUGGCUGUGGACAAAGCAGUAUAUGUUCUCAAUGAUAAAUAUAAGAUUAGCCAAGCCAAGAUAUGGGACACAAUAGAAAAGAGUGACUUUGGCUGUACAGCUGGCGGUGGCCAGAAUAAUCUGGGUGUGUUUGAAGAUGCUGGACUGGCUCUGACAACCAGCACUAAUCUCAAUACCAAACAGAGAUCAGUUGCAACGUGUCCUCAACCUACAAAUCGGAGGCGUCGCAGUUCUGUUUUGCUACUUGACAGCAAGGCAAGCAAAGGUAUGUGGCAAAUAAUGAAGUUUCUGUUUACUCUGAGGUAAAAGAAUAAAACUACA